CACACACCAUACUACAAUCGAAACUAAUAAAAAAAAUAGAACAAAUCAAAAACCAUAAAACUAUAGAACUUUUAUAAUGCCAAUACAUAGUACGCAAUUAGUAAAUAAAGUAAAUCAAGACAAAUUAAGCAAACCUGGAAGUAGUUCAACCUUAGUUAAAUCCCAUAAAGGACAGGAUAAAAUUAAACAUGUCAAGUUCGGCAGACAUACAAAACAGGAAAAAUGUUCUAGGAAAACUAAAGAGCAGACUGAAAACGACCUAUCAUCAUGUUUGAUUACCAGCUUGCCUGAUCUAAGGAUGGGUGGAGGUGAAAAUGAUCCAGCAAAGCGAAAUGUCGGAAUAUUGCCUCGCACGGAUAGUGAAUGUCAGUUUAAGGCCCCAGGAUUUUAUUUUCUCACCGAACAGGAUACGACUGUUAAUACCCAUGAAUGCAAGUUAAGUCCCAGAGUAGUAAUGAAAAAGGAACUGAAGCAUAAGUGCGAUUUCUUUCCUAAAUAUGAAGACCGGCGACCUUUUAAGGAUCAAGUCACUCAGACGCUUUACAGGGAAUCUUCUGCUCAGACUUUAAGUUAUUUGCCAGAAGUUUUACUUGAAAACAAAGAAAAUACAUUCGAGCUUUUUUCCCUGCCAUCUGUGUUGCCUGAAGCAAAUAAACCUGGACUUCAUGAGGUCGAGGUUUUAGAGCGGGCUAGAAAACGUUGGGCUUUUAGCGAUGCCCUGAAAAAACAUUUUCAAAGACUACUUCAUGAAGCCAGAGCAGUGACCUUUAAAACCAAGUACAAGCAUGUUUUGGAAGCCUUCGAAUGGGAGCAGUGGAUUCAGCGGGAGGAGGACAUCCAGGAGUGCCAGAUGAUGCGACUCGAGAUCGUCAUAAAAAUGUUUGACAAAAGGGAGAAGGAGAUGCAUGCCGCAUCAAAGUCGCGAAUUGAAAAGGCCUGCGAGCGAAUCGAAGAGCGCCGAAAGGCGGGAUUGCGAAAAAACGAUAUAGAAUUCAAGCGGGGAAUGCGUCGUUUGGAGAUCCAGGUCGCGAAUACCCCAAGGAAAUGGGUAAAACAGAGUCCCAUGGAAUUGGGAUCGCCGUGCUCCGAAUUCUAUGCUCCACUCAUGAGAUACGGUGUGAAUCCGUCUCGUCGAAACUUCGUAUCACAAACUCAACAACAGGCAUUCGACAUGAGGAUCGAUGAACUGGAGAAGCGAGUCACUAUUGGUAACCUAAAAUGUCCAUUCAGAAAGCUGAAAGACUGGUCAAAGCCCAAGCAAUACGAUCAAGAAUACGAAAGAAACUUCACCAAGGAAGACAAUUUGCAAAAGCUCUUCGAAAGCCUAAGAGGUCUCAGAACUCAGGCGGCCAGGGAAAAAGAAGAGCCGAAAUGUCUGAGAAAGCGAAGAAAGCACGUUGCAGAAAGGGCAGGAUCUCAUAUGACUCUGCAUUACUUAACCAAUCUCUACGAAAUACGAUCAGAGUAUAAAUCUUUUGUGAAGAAAAGGGAUCGUAUUGAAGAGUUCGCCUCCUUUAUUGAGAGGGAAAGAAUCCGAAAUUCUGAAACCGUAUUGACAACGAUCAAUAACGAUAGAAAGCGCGAGGACAUGGAGCAUAUGUUGAACAUUUACGAGGGCACCUACAUUGGAUGGGUGAUGCAGUUCCUCUCGGAGGAGAUGGUUCGUCUCUCCGAAUUGCGUAGACUGCACUUCUUCACGAUCUUGGCCCAGAAGGAGAGAUGGAGAAGGGAGGCAGCUGAGGCUGGUUUAAGGCAAAAGGAGAACGAUUUGCGUAUGAUGUACGAGGAGUUGUUCCAGCAUUGCAAUGUCGUCAACAAUGAGAUCUCCAAUAAGUACAUUGCCAACAUUUUGAGCUCAGAUAUGUACAAUGUCGCCGAGGACGAGGCACAAGAUUCAGUUGUUACACUGGCCAAGAAAAUCGAUGAGGAUAUCGAGAGAUGGUUAGAGAGUUUCAAGGAAAUCCAGAAUCCCCUCACUUACGUUCCUCUGCGACUGAUGCUCAAAGAUAUGGUCUCUCCCAAUAUGGAAGAAGUUCUCCAGCAACAUGAAAAGAAUCUGAUAGCGGAGUACAUAGUGGAGGACAUUAUAUUUCCAAAAGUUUGGAUGGAACUGGAUCCAUUUGAUAUAGCAAGCACACUAACAAGCGAUCUCAUUGAUCGCCUUAUUGAUAAUGAUCUGUAUCUAAUGUCCACGGAUAGUGAAAGUGAAAUCCCACAAAAGGCUUCGUGGUGUGAAGCUCAAGCCAUCAUAAGAAAACUCAUUCGACAGGCAGUUCCGGGAAGACGUUGGCUGGAGGAAAACGAACGCAUCGUAAUCGAAAACUACAACGAUCUAUUUUCCGACAUAUUUGCACAGAUUUUGUUGAACAUGGAAAACCCUCCCGUUCAACCAAAAGAUUUAGUUUGUCUUCAUACGACCGUUUCUCACAAUAGCAUUCAUUUGUCGGACAACAUUCGAGAAAUGGAAGAUGUCAGCUCCAUAAAAAUACCCUCUCUUUCAGGAUCGAAUUUAAUGAAAAAACAGACGAUGUCCUUGGUGAGAAAAAUGAAAAGUGACAACGUCACAAGUCCAUUGAUAAACCUCGAUAAUGCUGCACCAGAUGACGCGUCCGAUAGCGAUGAGUUCAUAAGAUCCCAAAUGUUUGAUACAGUUGAGCCUCUUGAAGCUGCGCAAAGUGAAAUUUUCAGUCUUAAAAGCAUCUUAGAUGUUUCACAAGUCUUCGACUUGAAUGAUUUAAAAGGUAGAGGCUAUAGAGUAGUGCUGCCCCAUGGUAAUGAAAGAAAUGCUCCCACUGAGGAAUUUAAGGAAUACGAUGAUGAAAAUUUGGAAUUAGCGGAGGAAGCAUUAGUUGAGGAGCUUGGGGAAAAUAAAAUUGAUACAGAAAUUAAAUCAGUCGAGGUCAACCGACCUGAUAGUCCAAAAGUAUCAUUUCACCGAUUGGAGGCGCCAACCAUGUCAAGAAUGAAUUUAACAGAAAUGAAAUCGUUUAAUAUUGAAGACGAACUCGUCUCUGCUUAUUCAAGUCAAAAUAAAUUGAAACAUGGGGGUUCAACUCCUAUGCAAACGGAACCCAUGGUCUCAACUCCCAAGGAGUUGAGAGCCGAUAUUGACUCAACUCCAGAGGAUUUGAAACCCAUUGAUUCGAGUGCGUUGGAAGUGGAAUUAGAAGUUCAAACUAUUCAGGAAGACGAAAAAGAGCUCAAACUUAAAGACGAAAUAAAAGACGAAGACAAACUAGAACCCGAAAUAGAACCCGAACUAGAACUCAAACAAAAACUCAAACUAGAACCCGAAUUAGAACCCGAAAUAGAAUCCAAAUUAGAAACCGAAAUAGAACCCAAAUUAGAACCCGAAAUAGAACCCAAAUUAGAACCCAAAAUGGAACCCGAAAUCGAAGCUGUUCUUGAAGAAGUUGUUGAAGAUGCUAAACCUUCAAGACCUUCGUCGUUUUCAAAUCAAAGUGAUCUGAAACCUAGAUUCAGUGACAAGGCGGAACCCAUUAACAAUGCAGGAAGCGAUUCCCUAGAUGAUCUGCAAAUCGAGAAUAAAAGGCACUUCGGUUCCUUGGGCUCCCACUUCAACAAUCCCCUGGAUGCAGUUAUCCCAACUCGAACCAGUGAUGAUAAUUUGCCCACUAAUACUUUACAAGACUCAAAUAAAGGCCUUGACACUGAAUAAUUAUAUUGGUAUUAAAGUGACUGUAAAAAUACAAAUAUUCAAUCGUG